GUACCAGUUGAUGUUUACCAACAAAAACAAAAAAAAGAGUAUCAGCUGAUAGACAUCAAGUUUCUUUAAUUCUUUUUUUUAAAAAUGGAGAUAGACAUCGAGUUUCUAUCGCUCACAACUUAUCCAGUCCUUUCAAAAAUAUCUUUUGAGUCGAACUCCAGGCAGAUAUCUUAAACCAUAAGUUUCUUGCCACAUCGCAUCCCUAUACCCUGUUCGCUCAUAGCAAUUGUGAUAGCUUAAUUUUUGUCGUUAAGUUGAUUAAGAGAUAUAUAACAGAGAGAGAUGGGGGGGAGAAAAGAUUCUACCAACCAGAGCAUCAUGUCCAGCAACGGAUGGCACGCCAUGGAGGAGCAAACAGGGAGCUGCUGCAGCGUGGUGGCGACACUCGUGCUCCUCGGCAUCUUCUUGGGUUCCUGCACCAUCCUUUUUAUCGUCUUCUUCUUCUCCCGCAGCUUGCUUGGGAACACCUGGCAUGAGCGCGCUACGGCCGGGCUCGACCGCUCCGCCAUCCGCGCCCUGCCCACCUUCGCCUACAGAAGAGCCACCUAUCAGGGCUCCGGCAACGGGGGCAAACAGGGGACAUCAGCGGAGUGCGCGGUCUGCAUCAGCGUGGUGGAGGACGGGGAGGAGGUGAAACUGCUGCCGAACUGUAAGCAUGUUUUCCAUGUACAGUGCAUCGAUAUGUGGUUGUACUCCCACUCCACCUGUCCCUUAUGUCGGACCGCGGCCGAGCCCAGGAAGACGGCCAAGAAGGCGGUGGCAGGCGACGUCGACCUUGCAGCCGCCGCCGUCUGAGUUGUUGAUAUUGUGGUGGCAGUGCGAGAGAGCUUGUUGGGCUCAAAGGCAGGGGGUUAGCUUCAAGAAUGGAUUCGCCCUUCUGGAUGAUGCUGAGUUUUGAAGAGAGAGAAAACUUGGAGAAGCAGUCCUAACUUGUGAAAUUCUGUAUAUUUAUUCUUUGAUUUACCUUAUUUUCGUGUAAAUUAUAUGGAUGACUUGUAAAUUUGAGAGAAAUGAAGGGUUCCUGCUCUAGGAAUUCUGUUUAGU